AGUUAAUGUACUGUAUUUAUACGUGGUUUUAAUUGGGGGGCUGGGGCAAUAGGAUAGAUACGUAUUUUGAUUGAUCUACAAUAUUGGGAAGUUUUACCAGAAAAUGUUUCCCUUUGGAGAGGAUAUUACUUAUUGACAAUAAUUUUAUUAGCAGAAUUGUAAUUAUUUUUGAAACGGAAGAGAAGCAAAACACAAAAACAGGAUUUGUUAUUGCAUGCUUUUGUAUAUUGUAUAUAGAGAUUUUCUUCUUUGCGUUAUACUUUUCAUCCAUAUUUCCCGCUUUAAGACAGCGGAGUAACUUGUCCAUCUCUUCUGCUGUAUAUCGCGAAUGUAAUAACUAAAUUUUGUAUUUUAGUUUUUUGAAAUAACUGAAACAAAUAUUAUAAACUAUAAUGAGGCUGUCACAGACUUUAUUUAAGCACCAUUUAGGGCGCAUGAUUAAAAAACAUUGGGUUGUUCAAGGAUUAAAAAGACCAACUAUAAUGUAUUCCGAGCAGAAUUUAGAACAACAUGGUAUAAGAGUUGUAGAUGCCAAGGACGUAGUUAAUCCAAAAAUUGAAAGAGAAUGGAUAAAUAUUGAAGUUCCAUGGAAAACAGAACCCAAACGAAAUAAUACUCACCCUGAUUGGCAUGACCGAAUUUGUUUAACAUUUGGUGACACUGAACUGUUAGUAGAAGGGACAUCGCAAGCCCAACUGUUACUAAAAACUAUUCUCUUUCAAAAUGAACUACCAGAAAGAAUUGAAAAUUUAGCAAAAGAUCAGAGCAAGGAAGUAAAUGACUUGGUUGUGAGAGCAAUUCGCACGUCCAACAUAUUUGACGCCCAUCAGGAACUUUUGCCAAAAAAGAAGGAUCCGGCUAGACCAGCUUAUGUUUUUCCAAGAGAACUAGGCCUGACAGAUUUAAGGAAAACAAACAAUUUAACUCAAAAAUUUCUGCGUCUUUGCGACUUACUGAGUGAUUCAACAGUUUUCAAAAAUAGAAAUAUUAUUCAUGACAGCAGGGUCUCUGUCCCAUUUGAAAAAGAUGAGGAUCUGUAUCAGUUCACUUCAAAAAUGGAAACUAUGCUAACAUCUACUCUGCCUCUGCAGCCAUUGAAAUCCAAAAAUGAUCUGAUAGACAGAGAGUUACCAAACAUGUUCCCAAUGCAUCACUCUGUUGGUUUAAACAGAUCUAAUAUUUAUCAAAUUCAGGAUCUCUACCCCGUUGAUGCAAAAUCCAAUUGGUUAAAUGCACACACAAUAUUCAUAUGUUACGAUGUUGAUAUAAAGAAUGUUACUGAACUUCCUGUGACCCAAGAUCAAAUUAUUUCACGGGCUAUUGUAAAAGCCUUUGCGACUGCCGCUAGUUGUGCCAAACAAAGAUUUGGCACGUCUGUCAAGGAAUUGCCAGAACCAGUCACUGUCCAGUGUGUACAAUCGAAUGGAAAAUGGUUCCAAUUUUUAGUUUAUCAACUCAAUACAUUGAAUUUGGAUGGCACCGAAGGCAUAAGGAACUUUUGUUGGACUACAUCUCAAAUUGAUCUUUUCGAUGAAGCAGGAUAUAAUAUUGGUAGGCCCGUUCUUAAAGGAUAUAAUCCAGAAGUGUUUAAAAAGAUAUAUGCAUUUUAUAACAAUAGUUAAUUUAAAAAGUUUGGUUACAAUUAAAGAAGUAUUAUGAAAA